AUGAAGGAUCCUUCUCGUGUGCUCGAGAGCCUUUACUUUGAUGAUACUGAACGGAGUAGACACUUCCUCGAUAAUAUUCGAAGGUAUAACAACAUGUUUUGCUUCACGUCUCUGGGUGGUAAAGUCGAUAGGUCCCUCAACACCGGUAGUGUUCCUCCAGUGUUUAAGAUUAGUGGUCAAAAUUAUCACUUGAUUGGAAGCUUGGUUCCAACAGAAGGGUCGAUCCCAAAAUUUGCGCAACUAUAUAUUUACGACACAGAUAAUGAGAUUAACAAUCGCAUCAAUUCUGUCAGAGAGGAUAGUAACUCAAGGGAUAUCAAUGAAGAGAUUGUUGUCGAAUUAAAGAAUAUGCUAGACCAAAAUAAUGUCUUGGUCAACUGUUUCAGAAUGGCAAGAACUGAGAUCCAAUCUAACCCAGUUGUUGAGGUUAAGAUGAAUUUAAUAGGCAAGCGGAGCAAAGAUGGAAGGACCUACAAUUUACCUACUGCUCAUGAGGUAGCUGCACUUAUUGUCGGGGAUCUAAACCCAUUAAUGGGUGAUUUAGACAUAUUGAUUGAGACCAGGACUGGGCAAUUGAAGAGAAUAAAUCAAUUGAACCCUACAUAUCUGCCGUUACAGAUAAGAAUUAGCCCCAAAGAGUAUUUCUCAUUUUAUAUACAUGAGAAAGUGAAUGAGAAGCAUACAUUGUUGUAUUCUAGGAGGUUAUUCCAACAAUUCUUGGUUGAUGCAUAUACAAUGAUCGAAUCUGCACGCUUGGUAUACAUUAGAACUCAUCAGAAGGCAUUGCGAUGUGAAGCUUAUCAGGGGUUGAGUGAUGCGUUGACAAGAGGAGAAUUAGACCCCACAGCUCGAGGAAAAAGAAUUAUACUCCCAUCAACAUUCACAGGUGGAGCUAGGUAUAUGAUUCAGAAUUAUCAAGAUGCAAUGGCAAUAUGCAAACACAUCGGUUAUCCACACAUAUUCAUUACAUUCACUAGCAACCCAAAGUGGCCUGAGAUUGAGCGGUAUGUUUCACACCGUGGCCUUAAAGCAGGGGAUAGACCUGACAUCGUUUGUCGCGUGUUUAAGAUGAAGCUUGAUGCGAUGAUUGAAGACAUCAAAACAAACAAAGUGUUUGGCGAGAUAUGUGGAGGUAUUUGA